UGUACAUAUGUUUUAUCUUUUAACCAGGUACGUCCUAUAUAAUGUCAUAAUAUCAUAUUGGGCAAGAAAUUAAAUUUCUAUAGGCGCAUCCGUAAUUCAUAUAAUUUUUCCGGACAUUCUUUCAUUUUGCCGGUCACUCGACAGUCCACAGUCGACAUUCACCGCGGACAGCCAUCAUCAUGAGUUACUGGAGGGCCGCUGGAUUGAACUAUGUUAAUUAUUCCAACAUCGCUGCAAAAGUUGUUAGGAGGGUGUUGAAACCAGAACUCCAAGCCAAUGCAGCCAAACGCGAUGAAACACAUGUAAAAUUCACUCCAUGGGUCAAGGGAAAGCCAUCCAAUGAAAAAGCUUGAACUUAUAUAAAUUAAACAAUUGAAAAAUUGUUAUACAUUUUUAAGCCGGGCCAAUAGUCGAUUUAACAACAAAGACACAUUCAAAGUUCCAAGUAAAAUUCAAUGCAAUAUGUUUUUUAGUUAAACUGAAUGUGAUUUAUUUAAUAAAUAAACAUACAUAUUAUUUAUGUCAGUUAUGAAUUUAUAA